CAUGAUGGCUCCGACGCUCCUGCAAGGACCCCCGGUGAUGCAAGGGGCAAACACGGUGAUGUCGAUGCCCCUGCGGGAGCUGGUCAUGACCGUGCCCCUACAAGGCAGACCUGUGAUGGCACCUCGGCCUUUCCCCGCGGGCCCUCCAUCCAUGAUGGCACCUCCGUCCUUCUAUGAUGUCGCUUCACCAAUGACGGUGCAGCAGCCUCCACAUGCCGGAUACAUGAUGGCGGCGCUACAUCUACCACAGGCCGUACACAUGGUGGCACAGCCGCCUUUGCCAGCUGGCCCCCCUCCUCUCAAGCGUCACCUUCCUGACUACUUUGACAUGCCUUUUGGACCGCGGAUGACUGGUUUUGAGCUGGAAAUGGCUGGAUUUGAUGAAUCAAUGGGACUGCCUUAUGGGCCUUACAUAAACAAUGAGAUGCCUUCUGUUUGUUCUUAUGAGCCACAUCUUCCUUCAGACGCAUCAAACACCCUACAUAUUGAAGGUUUCCCACCAAACUGUACUAGGCGGGAACUUGCACAUAUAUUUCGCCCUUUUACUGGGUUCUGUGCAGUAAGGCUGGUCAACACAGGAUAUAAUAAUCGACAUGUAAUAGCUUAUGCUGACUUUGAAACUCCUGCCCAAGCCUUCUCUGCCAUGAAGUCUCUGCAAGGUUAUUUGUUUGACAUGCAUGACCGAUACUCAGUCAAAUUGGACCUCCAGUUCCUUCCUGGUCCGUCCAAGGUAAACUGAUGGCUCGUGCUAGGUGAUAAAUCUUG